CUCUCUCGCAUCUCACCUACCAUGGCUGAUACCGCACCCGCUGCUCCGGCUCCCGCCAGCCCCGCCAAGGCGAAGAAGCCGAAGGCUGCCAAGACCGGCGCCAAGAAGGUCGUGCCGACCCAUCCUCCGACGGCCCAGAUGGUCAACGCCGCCAUCAAGAACCUGAAGGAGCGUGGCGGCUCUUCUCUGCAGGCCAUCAAGAAGUACAUCGCCGCCACCUACAAGAUCGACGCCGAGAAGUUGGCCCCCUUCAUCCGCAAGUACCUCAAGUCUGCCGUCACCGACGGCAAGUUGGUGCAGACCAAGGGCAAGGGAGCGUCCGGCUCGUUCAAGCUGAGCGCCGCCGCCGCUGCCCCGAAGAAGGAGAAGAAGGCCGUCAAGCCGAAGAAGCCUGUCGCCGAGAAGGCAAAGAAGCCCAAGACCCCGAAGAAGACCGCCAAGCCUAAGAAGGCCGUGGCCGAGAAGAAGCCCGCCGCCGCCAAGAAGGUCGUCGCUGCCAAGAAGCCCAAGUCUCCGAAGAAGGAGAAGAAGCCGAAGGUGGCCGCUGCCAAGCCUAAGACCCCGAAGGCCAAGAAGGUUGCCGCCAAGAAGCCUGUUGCUGCCAAGAAACCCGCAGCCAAGAAAGCAGCCCCUAAGAAGGCCGCCGCCAAGAAGGCUUAAGUCUUCCACCACCCUCCCUAAAUCAGCCCUUUUCAGGGCUACCAAAUAUCUCAAAUAAGAGAUACGCAAGCAAUCAAAACAGUUACAAUUUAGAAAAUAAAUAAAAGAAUAUCCUUAAACCUUCCUUCAAAUUAAAAUUUCUCCUUCUGAUAAAGUGCCUGAAAGAAAGCUUAUUAUUUUAGCUUCGUCACUUGAUAUUUUCACUUCAUAUUUUUAAUAAUGGGCAGACAGUUCUUGGCAUAGAUUUUCAAUCUUUUGUCCAUGAUACGUUAAUUUUAAAUGGCAUUUGUACUAAAUUUCCACAGCUCUUUUUUUAUUACAAUUUUAUUG